CAACAAACAUCGCACGACUGUCUGGUUCUGAAAGUUUUUAUUUAAAAUCAUUUGAAGUUUGUAUUUUGAUAAACAGAGUUUAUGUAGGAAGCGAUUAGAUAUGUCUCAGAAUAAGAGAGCGGCUUCUCAGAACAGGAGAUCACAGGUGGUGCCGGAUGAGGAUGAUGACGGAACCUUCACACAGCCCAGUUCGUCUCAGGUUCUGAGAGCCAAAGAGAACUUCUCAAAUGUCCAGAUCGAGCGUAAGGUUGCUGAGGUGGUGCAGUUCAUUUUAAUAAAGGACCAGAAGAAAAUCCCGAUCCGCAGAACAGACAUUGCCAAACACGUGAUUAAGGAGUACAGGAACUUAUACCAGGACAUCAUGAAGAGAGCCGACCGUACAUUCGAGCAGGUUUUCGGGAUGAAGCUGCUGGAGAUCGACUCCAAGAAUCACGUUUACAUCCUCGUCAACAAGCUGGAUUCCGUACGCGAGGAGCCGCUCAGCAUGUGCCCCACAAACCCCAAGACUGGCCUGCUGUUCGUCAUUCUGAGCGUGAUCUUCAUGAAGGGAGGGAUAGUGAAAGAAGCUCUGGUGUGGAACACGCUGAAGAAGCUAAGAGUGGACGUCGGAGAGAAACACGAGGAGUUUGGAGAUGUGAAGAAGGUGGUGACCGAUGAGUUUGUGCGGCAGAAAUAUCUGGAGUAUGUGCGCGUUCCUCACACUGAUCCGCAGGAGUACGACUUUCGCUGGGGGACGAGGGCUGAAAAAGAGGUGUCCAAAAUAAAAAUGCUGGAGAUCGUCGCAGAGCUGCACAACCAGGAGCCUCAGUCAUGGUCUCAGCAGUACAAAGACGCCACGACCACUGAAACCAGCCAGAGAUCGUGAUGUACUGGAGAUCCAGCAGGGUGUUGUGUAGAUCAGUCUGUGUUUUAAGUUACUAGACUGUACUGAGCAGAACUAGAUGUGAGAUGUUAUUGAAUUUAAUACACUACAUGGACAAAAGUAUUGGGACACAAUUAUUAUGGAAAUAUUAUUACAUUUAUUCACAACAGUUGCUAACAGGUGUAAUGAAUCACCUACAUAAAGGUAAUUAUAUGCUCUCAGCUUCGCAGCAACAGUUUAGGGAAGGGACUUCACUCCAGUGUCCUGACCUCACACUCAACAGCUACGGGAUGAACCGAAACAUCGACAUCAACAAUGGGCACAAAUACCUACAGUCCUGUGAGAAGCCGUAUCAGUAGAGUGGCAGCCAUUAUAGCUGAAAUAACAGGAUGUACAUCAUGCUCAUGGUCAGGUGUCCAAAUACUUUUGGCCAUAUAGUUUGUCAACAGAAUUUUGCACUGACUUGAAUUCGCACCGUUAAUCUGUACAAUUUUAUAAUAAAUUAUGUUUCUUUUGCUUACUUAUUGAUUUAAUGUUAUAUGUGUUUUUUUAUUAAAAGAAUGGGAUGCUCUGGA